UCAGCAGCCACCGGGCAUUGAAACGGUGGCGAGGAUGUCAGUAAAAGAAGAUGUGGCGGAAGACAUUAAAGCACUUGCGAAGUUUUUGAUAAAGCACUGUAACCAUCAGCUCCGCACCAUUACUCUCUCUAGAGACCCUAAGCUUCAUUACCCUCUCUUUGUCGAGUUCGCGGAUCUCUUAAGUGAGAAUCCUCCCCUUGCCCACUGCGUCUUCUCUCAACCACGCGAAUACUUACGAUAUUUCGACGAUGCCGCCAUCUGGGCUCAUAAAAUUUUAUUGGACGAAAUGAAGAAAGAUACAGAGGAAAAAUGUGGGACCGCGAAGAGGUUCAUUCAUGUUCGUAUCAGCUGUCAUUCACUUCAAUUUCCUGAAGCUUCUCCCAGUAUUGGGUGUGUUAGAGCUAGACACCGAGGGAUUCUGCUUUCUCUCAAAGGGACUGUAAUUCGGUCUGGAGCAAUUAAGAUGUGUGAGGGGGAGAGGAUGUACAAAUGCCGGAAAUGUAAACACAUGUUCCCCAUUUAUCCUGAGCUGGAAACAAGAAACUCCAUAGUGAAGCCAUCAUUCUGCCCUUCUCAGAAGUCGAAACCUUGUGAAGGCACAAGCUUUGAUUAUGUAGAUGAUACACCAAUCCUCCACGAUUAUCAAGAAAUCAAAAUCCAAGAAAGUUCGCAAUUGUUGGGUGUUGGAGUCAUUCCUCGAUCAAUUUUAGUUGUGCUACAGGAUGAUCUUGUUGAUACUGUUAAAGCAGGAGACGAUGUCAUUGUCACUGGGAUCUUGACUGCAAGGUGGUCUCCUGAUUUAAAAGAUGUACGCUGUGACCUAGAACCUGUAUUAAUUGCUAACCAUAUCAGGAGAACCAAUGAGCUGAAAUCUGAAGUUGACAUUCACGAUGAUGCUAUUUCGAAAUUCAAACAGUUCUGGUCACACUUCAGAGAUGCCCCGUUAGAAGGGAGAAACGCUAUCUUACGUGGAAUCUGCCCACAAAUUUUUGGACUCUUUACUGUGAAGCUUGCAGUUGCACUAACGCUUAUUGGGGGUGUUCAACAUGUUGAUGCUUCUGGGACAAAGGUUCGGGGGGAGUCUCACUUGCUUUUGAUUGGUGAUCCAGGUCACCACAGAAGGGAAUAGUUGGGGGGACACUCUCUUUCACGCUCUUUCAAACACAUAGUAUAGUCAUUGACGAUGCAGCUAUCAUGCUUCUCAAUUUAUCAAGAGCUAAGAUUCUACCCCAUGCAGCUUUCCAUGUAAGGAACAUAGUUGAGGUAUGGUUUUUUCUUCUAAUUUUGCCUCCAAAACGAUCUAGAAGUGAACUCAGCCUUGGAAAGAAGAUUUUGAUAGAAGUUGAUGGAAGGAUUUCAUAGUGAACAAACUUUUUUAGUGAAGGGCCACAUGGAGCAAUCAAAGGGAUUAAAAUUGGUGCAUGGCAAGAAUUGUUAAGCUUGUCAAGCUCCCAAAAAUUGUUAAGAUUCCAACAUCUUUGCAAGCUGCUUUAUCACAAAUCAAAUCAUUUUUUUUUUGGCAAUGGCAAAGGUGUUCGGGAACCUUUCCUUAAGAGAUCUAUCCUCACACCAAUAUCUGCCCAAAACUCAAUUUGGCCACUGUUAAGUAUAAACAGUAUCAAUUCUGUAAAACAAGCUUCAAUCUUAGACUGAUCCUUUUCCAAAGACUCAUACCAUAACCAUGCGUGCUUCUAGUCGUCCUUUAAUUAUUGCAAUAUUGGGGAAUUCAAAUCCACUUCCACCCUGUCGCCAAAGGAGACUAGUUCAUUUUUUUUUUAAAGUUGAUAUGGAGGUCCAGAACUGCACCAAAGCAAACAAGAAAAUAAUAAAGAAUCAUCAAAGUUGAUAUGGAUUCAUCAAAAACUCUUUCACUCCUGCAAAAUGACAACGUAUCAUAAUCUAAAAGUAAUUGGAUGACAUAUUGACACAAAU